AUGGAGAACGAUCGCGGCGAGAUUGUCGACCUCUACGUCCCCCGCAAGUGCUCUGCCACCGGGCGGAUCAUCAAGGCCAAGGACCACGGCUCCUGCCAAAUCACUAUCGCAAAGGUCGACGAGAACGGCCGUGCCAUCCAGGGCGAGAACAUCAUCUACGCCUUCUCGGGUUUCGUGCGUGCCAUGGGUGAGAGCGACGAUGCUCUGAACCGCCUGGCCCAGCGCGACGGCCUGCUCAAGAACGUCUGGAGCGCCCAGCGAUGUGCGUUUUAUGACCCGACGCUUCUCAGGAUUUAG